AUGUCUGACUGUGUGUCUGCUCUCUCUCUCUCUCUCUCUCUCUCUCUCUCUCUCUCUCUCUCUCUCUCUCUCUCUCUCUCUCUCUCUCUCUCUCUCUCUCUCUCUCUCUCUCUCUCUCUCUCUCUCCCUCCCUCACACUCACUCCCUGCCUCACACUCACUCCCUGCCUCUUCCUUUCAAGCAAUUCUCUGCUCUGCUGUCUCAGUCUGUCUCUCUCUGCCCGUCUGCGUGUGUCUCUCUGCCCGUCUCUGUGUGUGUGUGUGUGUGUGUGUUCUCAGCCUGUCUCCCCUGCCCCGCCCCCCUUUCCUCUCUCUCUCUCUCUCUCUCUCAUAA